AUGGCCCAAUCUGCGGUUCCUGAAGAGGCUAUGCUUCGUCUCAUUGCAAGCCUAGACGAUGAUCAAAGACAGGCAUUAAAUACAUUGUGCACCCAAUUUGAUGGCGAGAUCUUCAAGGGCCUUCUUACUUCAUAUAAUAAGCAACCGAGUGUUUUCAACAAUAUUACUCUCGAUGACCUAGCCGAGGAGCCUGUUUUGGAUUAUAUCACCGACCUGGAAGUCAGACAAAAGCUUUUUUUUCGCAUCAAAUUCAUCCUGCAAAAGGUCCAAUCGAACUUCGAAAUAGACAUGGCAUUCGUGGCAGUUUUUAUGGUUGCCCCGAUCGAUGUACUGCAAUCCAGACUCGAUGCGUUAAAAGAGAAUAUUCGACACAAUCACCUAGACAUGGUACACGAAUUCUUUUCGGACUGCGAAAAAACAAUAUUGCCAAGUAUACUUGGAUAUGUAAAUAAGAGAGGACGUCGAUCGACAUCGCAGUCCAACUCAGCCAAGUCUUUGUCUGUGCAGUCGACAUCGCCGGGGCCGCCUCUUCCAGUCCAAAUCUCCGCGCAUACAUCUCCAGACAUCUCGAGUCCGUCCUCAAGCCGAAUAUCUGCUGCUGCCCGACUAUGUAAAAGGCGGGACUAUGAUAAAUGCAUUCUUACAAAAUAUAACAAUCCAGAGGCCGUAAAUAUUUUCCCCAUUGCAGCAGCAAACGAUCCGCAAACGCUGAGCCGUCUUGUAGCGCUAUUGGCAAUAUUCUGGGGAGACGAUGCGGCCAACCAACUAUUAACGCUAGCCCAAUGUCGGGACACAAUAGAAUCUCCCCAGAAUCUUCUAUCUCUAAACCAUCAGCUACACGCGUGGUUUGACAGUGCUAAAAUGGCACUCAAGCCAUUGCGCAAACUGGAUGAUGGAUCAGUAGUGGUUCAAUUCCACUGGCUAAAGGCUGGGAGACUGAGGCCGGCACAACGGCAGAAUGAUGUUGAUUUAGAUCUAAUCCUCGCUAAGGCCGGCCUUGGGAGUAUUACUACAUGGGGAUAUAUGUUGGCGCAUCGUGCAAGUGGCCUACGUUUGAAAACUGGCCAGGUUUUCACAUUGACAGCAAACGACUCAGCACACAUGCCAAAUUUCGAUCUUCUACAGCUAUCGUGGGACCUUCGUCGCAUUAUUUCCAUUUGUGGUGUAGUUGUAGAGGAAAAUGUAGAUGACGACGGUGACAAUGACGAUUAUUAUAAUGACGAUUAUUAUAGUGACAACGAUGAUGGCUCUAGCAUUGGAGCCAGUGAAGUUCAAUGGAGGCACUCAAUCACGGAAAAACAGGUCGAACAGGGAGUCGAGCCCACCGUUACGACCCCUAGGACAGCGACAGUCCGAACGAUCACCAUACGCCUUGCAACACUUGGCAAAGGCGCUGAGUUUCUUGUGGAUUUGUUGAGCUGGACAUUGGUAACCACGGGGAAUUCCGCCAGCCUCUCGGCAGCAAUUGUAGGUGGAGGCCACAUUGACGCCAUCGGCAGAAAUGCACUGGCAGGCCUCUGUGGAGGCAAAGAGGGCAAAAAUGGCGAUGAUGGAGGUUGA